AUGACUCUUGUUUGCCGGAGUAAGUUGGGUGCAUUGAGCCGUAUAUUUGGAUUAGCUCCAUCAGCAGUUGGGCUGAAUUCCUUCGUUGUGGAGUACGAUUACGCGGCUAAAAAUAGUGAUGAAUUGUCCAUUCAUAAAGGAGAUAUUAUUCACAAUGCGAUGCCUUGCGUUGAUGAUAAUGGAUGGAUGAAAGGCGAAUGUAAUGGGAAACCAUUUACAAAAGAGAAGGCAAAACAUCGAACAUUUAUUAAUGAACUUAAUUCUAAAGUGUUACAGGCAUCAUCGGUGAAUAAUAAUAAUAGCAACAACAGUAACAAAGGCACAUUACGAAAACGACUGAAUGAGCGUUCUAUAAGUCUUAAUUCAAAUAAUACUAAUAUGAAUGUACAACCAGCACAACUAGAACCACCUACCCCAUCACAGUCACAACAACCAGUUUUAUUCACGGUUAAAGUUGUUUAUGCUUAUAAUCCAGUACAUCCAGAUGAAUUAACAAUCAAGCCGAAUGAUAUUAUCAAUGUUAUACGUAUAGUAGAAGACGGAUGGAAUGAGGGCGAACUUAAUGGCAAAAUAGGUGUCUUUCCAACGAAUUAUGUUACUCGUAUCAGCGAUGAAGCCACAAAUUCGAAAACAAAAAAAGAUCCCGUGAAGCGAAAAACUAAUGGAAUAAGCACUCUGGUUAACAAAGAGAUAAUGAAACCAUAUAUUCCUGUUACGCUAUCAUCACUGCCAACACAAACGCCUGUCACGCCAAGUCCACCAUUGACAACAAAAAAGAAUUCAUUCUCAAAUACACAAAAUCCAGUAGUUAGAGCGCGUGUGUUAUAUGCAUACAACCAAUCAGCACCUGAUGAAUUAACAUUGAAUGUUGGCGAUAUUGUUAAUGUAUUGGAGAAAAAUUUGGAAGAUGACGGAUGGUAUAUUCGAAAAGAUCGUCCGAAUACUCCUGAAACACAAAAAUACGCGUCACAAACAUUGCCGAAAACAAAAACAGGAAACGAAGAUACAGUAUUUAGAAAUUCAAAUGACACACAGGAUCAUAUUACUGAACAAAAACCGCCAUCAGUGCAUGAUCACUACGCUGAAAUCAAUAAUUUGGAUGCCAUAACAAAUACAGAAAAACUAAGUAACUUUUCAAAACCACGUCCAUCAUCAUCGAAAAGACCACCAUCGUCGACACGCCUUAGCAACAGAUAUGAAAAUGGUUAUAACAAAAAUGGGAGUUCAUUCGAUGACACAUAUCAAAUCAAUGAUUCAAAAAAAGAGCGACCGUUACAUUCUCCAUCACCACCACAGUCUCAGAGAGAUCCAUCACAAUUAGAAUCUCCUCGUUCACGCGCUGAUUUUAGCCGCACCUUAAGCAAUCCUCAUAGUGAAACGUCAAAUCGUUCACUAAACAACAAUCAGCGUGAAAACACUAUUAGUUCUAAUACGAACAAUCCCUCAACAUUAUCGUCUACUCUAAUGGACACCAUGACCAAUUCAUCAUACGUCAACACAACAUCCUCAUUACAGAAUGAACAGUCUUUAAAUCGAUCACAACUUGAACAAUUACAAAAAGAUUUAGAACAAAUGAAAAUAACAAUGGAACAUAUGAGAGCAAAAUUUCAUGACAAGAUUUCGAUAUUAGUUAAUGAAUUAGAUGACGAAAAAAAAGCCAGAUCAAAAUUGCAAAUAGAACUAGAAAGAGUUCAAAGAACCAUUAGUACGUCAGGACUUUUUGAUAAAAUUUUUUAA